AUGCGUGUCUUUUUCAGCCCCCCUACUACUAUCCCUACUACUACGAGACCCCUUCUUAUUCUUGUUACUACAAGAUCUACUACAAUCCUUACUACAACUAUUACAGGCCACCCUACUAUUAUAACUCCGGCUACUAUUACGGCAGUAAGGCCUACAGGAAGGGCGAUACGACUGACUACAGAUCUAGCUACGGACACUCUGGCCACGAAGCUAACUACAAUGUACCACUGUACUACGCUCCUGGAUACUAACAAGGCUACCAGACAUACUCUGAUGACCAUCCAUCUCUUCACGAACAGUACAAUAGACCCGAAUAUACGGCACACAACGAAGGCCAUGCUAAACACCAAUAGAAAUUCAUCUUUGAGCUACUCACCAAAUAUGUGUCUGGUAAACAGAUUGGAAGACACAAUAUGCUGACUAUCCUCUCUAAUAAAUGGCAAAAAUUCA